AUGGCGAUAUACCCCAGCCUGUUUUCGGUAUCGUUGGUCUCUCGAUGGCCAAGCGCUUGUCGCGUGGGAGUUGGCAGGGCUUUCGUUGGAGGGCAGCAGCAGAGGGUUUUUCAUUCCCGGUUAUCUUUCGUGAAUGGUCACACCGCGUCGGAGGCGAGGAGUGCAAGUCGUAUCUCCAGUGGUACUUGCAGGGUCAAUCGGAAUCUGACAGGGAACGUCUGGGAUCGCAGCCUCACUAGUCGGUUCAGGAGUGUUUCCGUGACGGGUCACGGUCACGGCCAGGGACAACGGAGGUUCGGUACUGGUACUGGUGCCGACCCGGAAAAGAAGGUUGCAAGUUCGAACACGGCGGCAGCUAAGAAGGCAGUCGUGCAUGAAAACAUCUAUACGAUACCCAACUUCUUGACUGCCUCGAGACUGGUGGUGGCACCCAUAAUCGGCUACUGCAUCCUCAGCGGGAGCAACACGCUUGCUCUCUCGCUCUUCGCGUACGCUGCUGUCACCGACCUGGUGGACGGCUACAUCGCGAGAAAAUGGAACCAGCAGACCGUCGUCGGUACCGUCAUCGAUCCCAUGGCCGAUAAGUUUCUAAUGACUAUCGGAGUCGUCUGUCUGGCCAUGAAGGCUUCUAUACCUAUGUGGCUGGCCGGCCUGAUACUUGCUCGAGACGUCGGGCUUGCGUUCGCCGCUAUAUACUACAGAUGGAUAUCGCUUCCUCCGCCCAAGACGAUGACACGAUACUGGGACUUUUCCCUUCCUUCGGCGGAGGUGAAGCCCACGGAGGUCUCGAAGGUUAACACAGCGCUGCAACUGGCUCUGCUUGGGUCUGCGAUGGCCAUGCCUGUGUUGCCAGAGGCCGUGAUGACUGCCUGGUACUUGCAAGAGGGCAUGGUUGGACUACAGUAA